ACACCGAGUAGUGCAUGUUGCGAGUUGUUGGUGGCCACGUCGGCUAAAAAAAGCUGUUUCAAGAUCCCAACACUUCGAUAAAGAGCAUGGUUUGGCGAUACUAGAUGCGUCCAAGUAAAACCAGAACAACGUCAGCGCUUGCUUGGCGAGCAAACCUACUCCCGUUGUAGAGUUCGAGGUGGGCAACCGCCUCCAAUGCGCUGGUUGAAUGGAGCGGAGCGCGUGGAGGAACUGGAAACGGAGGCCGCCGGGAGACGUUCAAAAUGAGUUGACUACUUUCUGGAGUGGGCCCUCGAGCGGAGGGGUUUCUACUUUUUCAACAGACCAUCUUUUGGGACAUGGUGAUGCGAAAACAGAAGAAAUACGAUCAAGGAGGGGCGCGCAAGAAUCUGGUUGUGGUUCUGGAGAAGAAGUCGAACCCACAGAUGCAGAUGGCCGGAUAAAGCGACAAAAGAAAUCACGAUCUUGCGAUUAUGCGGGGACGACUGACGAGAAAAAAAGUGAUACAUCGUCGAGCAGAAAAUGCGGCUCUGGGACACCAGUAUGGAGGGCGCGGCGGACUCCAGGCGUUUCAUUCCUUGGCAGUGAUCGUCGGCAAGGAAACAAAGCAGGAGCAGAAAAAAGAAUACCAAGACGAGAACAGCCUCAACUUGCAAGGGAUAGCAAAUCUAGAGUUAGAGAGCAGGAGCAGUGGAGAGGUGACGAUGGUAGCGGCCAAAGCAGCUGCAGCACUGGUAUCUACUAUAGAAGGUCCAGGAAUCGUGGCCGAAUAAGGUGGAACUUUCCUACGAUACAAUCGCACUACGAUACACUAACGGAAAUACAGACCUGGAGAUUCCGCAGAAGGAAAUUGCGAAAUGCGGGUGACCAUAUUGUAGGACAUCGCACUGCUGAUGGGACGGCCGCACUUGAUCCUUCAAUGCUUGACAAGGUGCUAGCCAAUCCUCCUGGCAUAAGGAAGAUGAGUGACGGCUUGAUUUCCUGUCUAGAGCAGGCUGGAGGGUCAUCCUCUUCCUCGUGGAGACGGCAGAAGAGAGGUGGUAGUUCCGGUAUAUGUUUCGCGGAAGCAACAGGCUUCGACGAAAAACAGGAAAAACGCACGCUCGAUAUCAAUGAAACAGCAAAGCACGUGAGCAAUGUGCUUCGAUAUCGGGGCAUGCCUCUCGUUUGUUCUGACGGCAGGCAUUUCCGGG